AUGUCUUCACUCUAUCCAGAUGAGAGUUAUUGCACGAGUGAUAUUGGACGUCUGCUCUUCCAGCCAAAAAACGAAUGGGCUGCUUCAGGAAAGGUAGUCGAUGUCAUCGAGGUGAAGCAGAUUGCUGGUACCCAUAUUGACUAUCAGAUUGAAAUAAAAUGCGUACCGCGUAAUAGCAUCGAACUGGACGAUCGGUUUUUCGUGUUGACAUCUAGAUUCCGUGAACUAAAUCGCCUUCAUAUCAACUUAUCAAAACUACACAAGCAAGGUUAUUUCCCACAGUUUGCUGCUCCUCGCUUACUAGGCAGCUGUGAUCCUGCAGUGAUAGCGGAACGUCGGCGUAGUAUUGACGAGUUCCUUACAUUCAUUCUUGAUAGCGAAGUUUUGGCGGAAAGCUCGGGUGCUCCAGGAAUGGUUGGAGAAAGCCGUGGAACGACCAAAUGUCGGUCAUGCUGCGACUCCAAAUUCUUUCUAUAUGAAGGAGUGAAUAUCCUGGAUGCGCCAAAUAUAGUCGACCAGAAUGGUGACUCAUCGCGAGUGCUGGUUCCUGAAAGCAUCCCACCUCCAGAAAACAGUUACACGGAAGCAAGCGUAGGAUUGCACGCAUCCGCAUCAGCUGGCGAGUUUCAGUUUCCUGAUGUUGUCAUUAACACGAAUGAGCCUGCGGCAGAAAUUUCCCAUAGACAUCGUCGUAAACCGUCUAUGAUGGAGAGACUGUUUCCAAAACUCUCAGCGUCUAAUCAAUAUUCUUUUCAAAUGCCGCCUUCUGUGGAAAACAGUGACUAUCUUGUUCACGCUGCUCAUUUGGUGUCAACUGCUCAACGAGCCGAACACGAGCAUGCGUACGAGCUAGCUUUCCCAGGUAUUCAACACGAAUCAGACAUGUCUCGGCGUAACGCAGUCCGUCGCAAAACCGCAAAAUAUUUGGUGGCUGCUGAACGGCUCUACCGCACUCAUUUGGCAUAUGACGGAGCGGCUGCAACGGUGAACUUAGAGUCUCUCGUGGACUCGACUAUGAUCCUGGAUGUACUAGCGUUCCAAUGUGCAAACAACUGUCUGAAAAACUAUCGCGUUGUCGGUGUUAUUCCUAAUUUGAACGCUCCCAAAUGGGUGCUCAAAGUUGAGGAGAAAUCCACUGGGAGAACGUUUGUCAUGAAGCUACUCGAAAAAGGCGCUCGCACAUCAGGAAGUCGCGUGCUUCUGCCUACGAACGUCCCACAUAUGGUGCAGCUCCACCAGUUUUUCGAGACAGAAACUUUCAUUAUUCUGGUGCUUGAUUAUGUUGAGUGCGGCAUGUUAUGGAUUUCUAGUGAGUCGGAGAGGCGAUUUCUGCUCACAUUAGCAGCGAGUGGUGCAGAAGUGAGCUGUGAUGUUGAAGCUCAACAAACAAAAUUGGAUUCGAUGGAUUGCUAUCGAGGCCGUCGGCUUCACUUUUCUGUUGGAGUUGAUUUCGAGAGAGUUGCUGAAAUGCGUGACGAGACGCAUAGUAACGAUGUUCCUUCCGUGUCUGGAGUCUGUACCAUGGGUGAGGAUGCCACAGGAGCUUCCAGAGCUCCAGAAGGUGAUUUCUACGUGAUUGAAGAUACCGGCGUUGAGCGAUUAUCAAUACAUGAUGAAGAAUCACCUGCCACAGUUAAGUUGCCUUGUCGGCAAAGUGAUGAUAAAUCAAGUGACGCUUAUAAAAAGCUGAUUCGACAUGCGCAAAGGUUGAUUUCACCCACCAUCACUUACUCAAAUCAGUUUUUCUUUGGAUGGCGUCCUGCUGAAGUUGUAAUAAAUCGUGGCUAG